AUGAAGGGAGCUAUUUUCGCCGCCGCCGCCAUGGUUGGCUCUGCCAUGGCUGACGGUGUUCACCGUCGCCAUGAUGCCUUCCACCGUCGCGAUGCUUCUUCUUCCGUCUGGGCCUCGUCCUCGAGCGUGGUUCCUAGCGCCUCUGCUCCUCUGAACCCCGACGAGACUUGCGGCUGCACCACCAAGGUUAUCACCUACUACGGCGAGCCUACCCUGGUCCCCGUCGCUCCUGUGCCCGCCAGCUCUCCUGUGCCCGCCAGCUCUUCUUCUACUCCCUCCCCCAUCCCGGAGUCGACUAGCACCCUCACCAGCACCGUGCACUCCACCAGCACCAGCACUUUGACUGUGACCGUGUCUCCCUCUUCCUCUGCUGCCCCGGCUCCCUCCAGCGCCGCUCCUGUUAGCACCAGCACCGUGGAACUGCCCACCCCCGGUGUCAGCACCUUCUCCACCACCGGUGUCUACACCAUCCCGGCUACCACCAUCACCGUUACCGACAGCACCACUGUCUGCGGUGCUACCUCCACCGAGGUCCCUAGCGGCACCCACACCUACGGCGGUGUUACUACCGUUGUCACCACCAACACCGUUAUCACUUGCCCGUACGCCACUGUCAAGCCCACCGGUACCACCGUGACCAGCGUCAUUGAGUACACCACCUACACUUGCCCCGCUGCCGGUACCUACACCGUUGUUCCCCCCACCACCACCACUGUGCCCACCAGCACCGUCCUGGUCUACCCCACCCCCCAGACCAUCACUCCCGGCACCUACACCCAGACUGGUACCACUCUCACCGUGACCAAGACUGACUACACCUACGUCUGCCCUGCCGCCACCGAGAGCACCCUGGCCUCUACCUCCGCUGCUCCCGCCGUGCCCACUACCACCGCUGUGCCCGCUACUACCGCCGCUGCCUCCACCACCACCGCUGCCCCCGUUGCUUCCACCAGCAGCGCCGUUGCUACCACCACUCCCACCUCUAGCUCCGGCAUCACCGGUGAGGGCCAGUACGGUAUGACCUACUCUCCCUACACUGAGAGUGGCAACUGCAAGACCAAGCAGGAGGUCCUCAAGGACAUCACCGUCAUCAAGAGCAAGGGCUUCAACCUCAUCCGUGUCUACUCCACUGACUGCAGCGGUCUCGAGUUCAUCGGCGAUGCCUGCAAGUCUCUCGGCCUCAACGUGAUCCUCGGUGUCUACAUCGAAGGCUCCGGCGUCUCCGGCGCCCAGGAGCAGGUCACCGCGAUUGCCAAGUGGGCUCAGUGGGGCAUGGUCGAGCUGAUUGUCGUCGGUAACGAGGCCAUCCAGUCCGGCUACGUCGAUGCCGCAACCCUCGCCAGCUUCAUCAAGUCCGCCAAGAGCAGCUUCGCCGCUGCCGGCUACACCGGCCAGGUGACCACCACCGAGCCCAUCAACGUCUGGCAACAGUACGGCUCUGCCUCCCUGUGCAGCGCUGUUGACAUCGUCGGUGCCAACAUCCACCCCUUCUUCAACGCCGAAGUCACCGCCGAGAAGGCCGGUGAGUUCGCCAAGUCCGAGUUCGAGCUCCUCGAGAAGAUCUGUGGCGGCAAGGACGUUAUCAACCUUGAGACUGGCUGGCCCAACGCCGGUGAGUCCAACGGUGCCGCCGUUCCCGGUAAGACUGAGCAGGUCGCUGCCGUCAAGUCUAUUGCCAAGGCUGUUGGAUCCAAGUCCAUCUUCUUCUCUUACUCCAACGACCUCUGGAAGUCCCCCGGUGCAUUCGAUGUUGAGCAGCACUGGGGCUGCGCCGACGUCUUCUAA